AACAGCAGACGACGAAAUCUUAUUGCCAAAUAAUAAGUUUUGACGAAAACUUAUAUUACAACAUAAUUACAAAUUGAUACAAGAGAGGCGGACCAUGGAGAUAGAUGGUUUAUUCCAUUAGUAUGGCUUAUGUGAAAAACUCGGAUUCUAAAAAAAUACCUGCUUUCUUAACAAUGAAAAAUUGUAUCAGCUUUGCAAUUUUCACAGUUUUGUUAAGUUUAUUUAUUUACUUAGCUUCAAAUACUCUGGAGCACUUGAAUGAUGCAAGUGAAAGGAUUCACCAAGCUAAAUUUCAUGGAAAUAAACCACCGUUACUUGAUAGUUCGACCGAGGGCUUGCAAUGGUUUGUUCAAGUUAGUUAAAGGCUAUUUUUAUUUUUCAAUGACAAACUGAAAUAAUAUUAAAUAUUUCUUGAUUAUAAUAUACACUACAUGUUCUGAUGAUGUAUCUCAAAAUUGCCUCUUAAAACCUAUAUAUAAGUGUUAUUACAGUAUUUAUAGCUCGUACAUGUGUCUAUAUAAAGAUCAUAAAAAUGUAUAUUGUGCUUGUUGUAUCCGUUCGAAUAAUUGAAAAAGAAUAGUAAAUUCACGCAAAAAUCUAAAGCUUCUAAUUAAUUAAAUAGAUAUUCUUUAAUUCUAGCUCUCGGACAUACAUAUAAGCCGAUUUUAUGAUAAAAAAAGAAUAAACGACUUGCAAAUGUUUUGCACAAAGUAUUUGGACUUUAUACAACCUCAAACUCUGAUUAUUACAGGAGAUUUAACUGAUGCAAAACACGACGAUCAUAUGGGAUCCGAACAAUAUCUCGAUGAGUGGCAGACCUAUACAAAAAUUGUUAAAAAUUACUGUUCUAAAAAAACAACAACGUUGGAUAUUCGAGGCAAUCAUGACACGUUUAACGUUGGUGGAGAUAAGAGCUCUACGAAUUAUUAUAAGAAUUAUUCACUUAGAGGGAAUAAAUUACAAUCCUACUACCAUAGGCAAGGAAACGUUACCCUUAUUGCUUUGGAUGUUGCCCUGACUAUUGGGUUGAAGAGACCUUUUAACUUCUUUGGUCAAUUAGAUGAGAAAAAUUAUAAAUUAGUUGACAAAUUUAUAAAAGAGGCUGAAAAGAGAAAAGAUGCAAUUGUGUUUUUUGGACAUUUUCCUUCAUCAACGGUUGUUGGUAAGAAACAUGAAAUGAAAUCUCUAAUUUCGAAAGCUGGCUUUUAUUUAUGCGGUCAUCUGCAUAACCUACUUGGUUUUUUACCGCAAAUGUAUACUAGUCAUAUAGACGGUAAUAUGGAAUUAGAAUUAGCAGAUUGGAAAGAUAAUAGAGCAUAUCGAAUUUUCGCUGUUGAUAAUGGCCUCUUUUCAUUUGUUGAUAAAACUUUAUUCGAUGAGUUCCCACUAGUAUUAAUUACGAAUCCGAAACAUAGUCAAUUUAAUUCACCGAAAAUAUUAAUAUUUUCUCCUGUACCUGUCGAUCAAGUUGUUGUAUCUGUCGAUGGCUUUAAAUUAGGCAAUGCUAAAAAAACCAAUACAAGUCCAUUGUAUACAAUACCUUGGGAUCCUAAACAAUUCAAAACUGGUAUACAUAAAAUAAGCGUAAAUGUUAAGUGUGGAGGUCGUAUCUCUAAACACGAACAGCCUUUCUCAUUGGACAAUUCGAGAUUACCUUUUCCCUUCAGAGCCAGGUUUAUCCUUAUGGCUGAUCAUAGACUAGUCGCUAGAUGUUGGAUUAGGAGACUGUCCAUUCUAUCAGCUGAUGCUACAUUGUGCUAUGUUCUAAUUGGUUGGUCCUUAUAUAUAUAUUUAGGACCUUGGUUUGUUGGUCAACUGAUUGAAAAUCAUUGGGGUGUCGUUUGCUUUUACGGCGCGUUUACUUAUUCUCAUGGUGUCAUAUCGCUUCCAACCUUACCAUUCUUUGUAUUAAAUGUCUACAAAAUGUUACUUUCCAGAAAGAAACCGUCCAUUGAAAGAAACUUUCAAGAAUGUAAAAGAAAAGAUAAAGGAAAGGAACUUCCUACAUUCUCAGAAUUCAUACAGAAAAGAGAUUUUAUGGGCGCCAUAACUCUUUUAGAGGUGCAUAAUACGGCAGAAAUAAGUCUGUAUGACCGUAGCAUUUGGAUAGCAUAUUGUGCAUUCCAUUUGAGUGAUUUUAAAAAGGCUGUGAACUUUUAUCAUAAGGCGCUUAAAGAUGAUGGACCUAACCCAGAAAUCUAUAUCUGGUUGGCAUGUACAUAUUUUAUGUUGGGAAUGUACGAAGAGUCGAGGGAAUUUAUUGAGAAAGGGCCGAAAACACCUUUAAAAAAUCGUUUGCUCUUUCACCUUUCGCAAAAGUUCGACGAUGAAGAAAAGAUAAUAGUCUAUCAUCAAAGAUUACAGGAUAUCACAGAAGAUCAAUUAUCGUUGGCUUCAAUGCAUUAUUUACGUUCGCAUUACGAAGAAGCUAUUGAUAUUUACAAGAGAGUUUUAUUUGAGCAUAAGGACUACUUAGCUGUACACGUUUAUAUAGCAUUAUGCUAUUACAAGAUGGAUUACUAUGAUAUUUCGCAAGAAAUAUUAAAUAUAUAUCUUCGAAGUUAUCCAGACAGUGUCGUUGCAAUUAACUUGAAAGCUUGUAACAACUUUCGACUAUUUCACGUUGAAAGUGCUCAUACUGAAUUAGAAUUUUAUAAAGAAAAAUAUUCUGAGUCAUCUUACAGUUACUUUUUAGAUGUUCUAAAUCAUAAUUUAGUUGUUUUCAACUCGGGUCAAGACAUACUUCGAUUUCUUCCACCACUUGUUAAUAUUAUACCAGAAGCUAGAUUAAAUUUGGUUAUUUAUUAUUUACAAAAGAAUGACCUUCAAGCAGCUUUUAAAUUGAUAAAAGAAUUUAACCCUUCUACAAUUCAAGAGUAUAUUUUAAAGGGAACAGUUUGCGCUUGUUUAGGACAGGAAGAAAGAUCGUCAUCAUAUAUAGAAUUUGCGAAAGAAUGCUUUAAAUCCGUUGGAGAUUCUAAAGGUGAACGUGACUCAAUACGUGGAAGGCAGUGUAUGGCGUCUUAUUACUUCUUAUUGGAGAAUUUUAACGAUGUCCUAAUUUAUUUAGAUUCGAUAAAAAACUAUUUCCAUAAUGAUGACACAUUUAACUAUAAUUUUGCGCAAGCUUUGACAGCUGUUGGAGAGUUUGCUAAGGCUGAAGAAGUAUUUCUUCUUAUUACAAAUUAUUACUUUAGGUCGGAAUAUACCUAUUUGUCCUGUUUGGCUAGAUCUUAUAUAAUGAAUGGAAAGGCUUAUUUAGCCUGGGAACUGUAUUUAAAAGCUGAAACUGGUGUUCAGUCAUUCAAUCUUUUGAGAUUGAUAGCGAACGAUUGUUAUAAGACAGAUCAAUUUUAUUAUUCUGCUAAGGCAUUUGAUAUACUUGACAGACUAGAUCCUAGUCCUGAAUAUUGGGAAGGUAAACGAGGAGCCUGUAUGGGUGUUUUUCGUUUUAUAACAUAUGGUAUGGAGAAAAAAACAAGGUUGAAAGAUAUCAUAAGAAUAUUGAAAAAUUCAACUAAUAGUCAAGCUGAAACAAUUGUAAAAUUAUUAAAAGAUUGGGCAUUGCAGAAUAAAUACGAUAUUUCAGAUAUCUAUUAA